CCUACUUUUUGGACUUUGGAGACUCCCGAAAGAUCCGAAACCCCGCAUAUGAAAGCCAUCGAGCCACGCGCUCAUCCCCUUCAUAAUGCACAGUCGCUCGCCAUGGCCAACUACAACCUGAACACCGAUUCUCCCAUCUCUCGUCGCAUUGUUCGUGCCUUCUUCGACUUCCUCAACUCCGUUGAACCUGCUCCUGGUGUUGAUCUUGAAGGUCUUGAAGUUGCUAGGGAAUGUUUAACAGAGGCGUUUAAGCUCAAUUCAUCUUCUGUUGAUGACCAUAUAAAGCCCAAUUUGUUGGUUGACUUAUUUCAUUCAUUGGAAGCAAAUGAGCAUCAUGAAGCUCGAACUUAUACUGCUCAUGGCACAAUCUUGGAGGAUGCUCGAACUGAUACUGCUGAUGCUAAGCUUUCAGAGGCAUCAAAUUCUGUGCAGGGUGAGGUUGGGACGAGGAAACCUCUAGUAUCGGGUAUGUCUAAAGAUGAACUUUUUGGACAAUUCUUUGCUGCACUUGAGAAAAUCCACUUUUUCAGAACCAUGCCUGAUGGAAAUGAUGACCCAGUCCAAUUGGAGAAAACAACCCGUUUAUUUCAGGAUGCUUUAUCUGAGUUGGAAAGAUCCGGAUGCCAGACAUUGGAUAUCGACAACCUAGCUGAGACCUUAAAAUCACAAGGUAACAGGGCCAUGCAGUCAAAGCUGUAUUCUGAUGCAAUCGAGUUGUAUACUUGUGCUAUAGCACUUCGCGAAAAUAAUGCUGUCUACUACUGUAACAGAGCUGCUGCUUACACUCAGAUCCACCAAUACACUGAAGCAAUCAGAGACUGCAUGAAAUCCAUUGAAAUUAACCCAAGUUAUAGCAAGGCAUACAGUCGUCUGGGUUUGGCUUAUUAUGCACAAGGGAACUACAGUGAUGCUAUCAAUAAAGGAUUUAAAAAAGCAAUGGAAUUAGAUCCUGAUAAUGACUCUGUCAAGGAAAAUAUUCGGGUUGCGGAGCAAAAACUGAGGGAAGAGCAACAACGUACAGAACAUGAUCAGAAUACUUCUUCAACAAGUCGUGGAGAUCAAGAAUCCGAAAACCAGUCUACAAGAGGGCAAAGGAGUCAUGCUACACCUUCUCAAUUUACGUCCAUUCCAUUUGGCACUACUGCCUUCCCUGCUGAUUUUGCAAGCAUGUUUAUGAACAUGGCUGCAAGUGCCGCAAAUGCAUACCAGGGACAGAAUUCUCGAGACGGGCAUGAAGAAGACGGCCAUGUGAAUGGAGCCGAAGAUCCUGAAGUAAGAAUAGGGGGGAAUAUCAAUUUGAAUUUUGGAGAACAAAUGCCUGAGGAGCUGACAGGAGCUUUGAGAUCUGUGAUGGAGAUGUUCACAGGGGCAGCAUCCCAUCAUAAUUCACAAGAUACCACGGAAGGAAGACCGCCACAGAACUAAAAUCUUCUUCCGAGUGUCUUCGAACUGGAAAAUUAUUAGAUAUUCUCGAAGUACGGAUAACGAGGUAUCUUCGAACUUUGGAAAUAUCUAAUAAUUACUCUUUAGAACUGUAUAAGUAAACUCAACUCUCACGACUUUUUGCAUCGUUAUUAUUCUUUUUCAUUUUCUUUCUAGUACGAAAUUGUGUCAAAUUUGACGGACAGGCACCAACCUUUCAGAUGAAAGCAGACCAUUAUAUAUAAUUGUCCUCAUUUUUUUA